AUGUGACAAGACGUUUAACAAACAACGUAUUUGGCACUUUGAUGGAAAAGAAAAAAAAAAAAAGGAAGAAAAAGCUGACAAACAAUUGGGUCCUACGUGGAGCGUGAGUUUUGCCAACCGCUCUACCACACAACAUUCUUUGAUUGGCAGUGUGAAACUUUUUGUGUCUGAUUUUUGACUUAUUUGGUUGUUUUAGCUUCACAUAGAUCCACACAGCUUCACGGCCAAAGUCUUUCUUUUUGUGCCUUUGCUUUAACGGUAAAGUGAAAAUAAAAAGGUGGUUAAGGCUCACAAAAAAUAAAGAAGAAGGAAAGACUGUUGCUUUAUGAUCAUUGUUUCUUGUGGCUGUUGAUUUUUCCCUUGUGAGCUGACAAGAAAGACCCAGAAAGUUUUUUUCUUCCAGUUCCUGAACCAUGUUGGAUUUGCGAAAGGUUAAGGUUGCCAACUUGCCAAGCCACAAAAAUUCAGAUAUGGCAACGGAAGACAAUGAUAUUGGUGAUAUUAAUGUGGAGAGUCCCUCAACUGGGAUGCUAGAAUUAGAGACUUUCAUGAAUGUUCUUACAAAAGUAGACUUGGACUUGGGGUUUUCUUCUGAGAAGUUAGUAAAUCUCCAUGUACUUUUGAUAACCCUUUUGGCCCAGGAAAAUGAUCUUGAGGCAAUGGCGGUGGGGAAUAACUAUGUCUCGGCAGAUUUUAUAGAAAAGGCAUUGGUAUUUAAUCUGUCAUCUGGCAUUUUAGAUUCUGAGGUAAGAGAGCUGGACAGUUUCAUGGAUAGUGCCGAAGCAGAAAUUUUUGAUGCCCAUCAAAAAAUAUCUUCAUGCAGACACUUGAGAGAAAUAUACACAACGAUGGAAAAGAAGUUGCAUGAUUCUGAAGAAUCCUUUAUACAGUCUCGCAAUCACAUUUUGGAGAUGAAGUUGCAGUCAGCUAAGUUGCAAAGAACUGCUCUUGCUUUCGCACAUGAUAACUGGAAAACUGAUAUUGACCCAGAAUUAUCGGAAACUGGUCUACUGUCAAAUGUAAAUGCUAAAUCAAAUCUGCAGAUGGCUGGACAACAAAGACAUAUUCUAAGGAUGCUGGAAAAAUCACUUGCAAGAGAGCUAGAUCUUGAGAAGAAAUUAAUUGAGUCAAGACAAGGUGAAGAAGAACUGAAACUAAAGCUACAUUAUAAGGAGCAGAUAGCAUUUCACAUGGAAGAGGCUGCAGAAGUAGUUUGGGGAAGGUUUUUAGAGGCUGAUAAUUCUGCUGAGGUGCUUAGGGGAGUUUCAAAGGAAUUGGUGGGUCAACUUCAUCUUGUUCAUUUUCAUUUGAAUAGUUUGAUUCAAAGAGAAAACGAUUUGAAAUCUAAAUUGCAAGAUAGUAUAGAAGAACUUAAAGGAAAAGAGACUGCUUUAGAGAAGCUCAAGAGUAGUAAUGAAGAAAAUAGUGCCAACAAUGCUGAAUUGUCUUCUUUGAGGGAAAAAGUGAAGUUUCUUGAGGAAAAGCUGAAAGCAUCUGAGAUCCAGCUGAAAGAUGCAAAUUCCACAAAUAAAUCAAGUCAAGAAAAACUUGCGGAAAUGGAAAGUAUAAUUGACUCAUUGAGAGAAAGCAUUUACAUGGCUGACACUAGGGCUGAAAGUGCAGAAUUAAAGGUUGCAGAGUUAACGGGGUCGAAUGUGGAAAUUACAGAAGAGCUGAAUUUUCUUAAAGGAAGUGCUAGUAAGGCAGAAAAGAAGGUGGGUGGUCUUGAGAAGCAGUUGAGGGAAGCAGAGAUCCAGCUACAGCAUGCAAAGCUAUCCUCUGAAGCCAGUCAAGAGCAGCAGAAUAUGUUAUAUUCCGCAAUUUGGGAUAUGGAAACUUUAAUUGAAGAUCUUAAAUCAAAGGUUGCAAAAGCAGAUAAUAAGAAUGAGAGUGCAGAAUCUAUUGCAUUGUCUGAAACUAACCUAAAACUUAAUAAAGAACUAAGUAUUUUAAGGGCUAGAAUGGGAUACUUGGAGACAUCUUUGGAUCAAGUUAACACAGCAAAAUUUGCACGUGCAAAUGAAAUUAAUGUCAGGACUAAGUUCAUUAUGGAUAUGGUGAUGCAACUAGCAGUUGAAAGGGAGCGCAUCCAGAAGCAGCUGCAUGCCUUAACAAAGGAGAAUAAAGUUUUGACUGAAAAGUUAUGCAAAACCAUGGUGUGCAAUAACGAAGAUGGUGAUUCCAAUGCUUCUUGUGCAAAAUCAUCCUUGCAAACAGUGGCUGAAUCCCUGGGUAACAGUUAUCAGGUGGAUGAAUCGUCACAAGAUCCUGUCCCGUGUGACAAUAGUGUGAAGGACUCCGUUUCUGUAAAUAGUGAUGCUAGUACAGUUUCCGAUCUUGAGCCUUCAAGGAUUAUAGAGGCCAAGCGACUGAACCUAAAGUAUGUCUCUCUGGCAAUUUUUGUAUCACUACUCUCAAUGUCUGUUUUAUAUUUGCUUAACCAGAAACCAUUCUUCUUCAAUGAUUUGUGAUGGUUAAAUUUUCUCAUGGUCUUAAAUCAAUGGCUUUUUCACAUCA